AUAGAACAGGAAGCUUGUGAGAAUCUGUUUUGGAGGGAGAAGGAAAAAAAGAGACUGAAAACUUAUCUGCGAAUUAACAUGACUGAAGAAAGUACAAAGGAGGGCUGGCCUCCUGACAGUGGACAUGGUAGCACAACAGAGGAAAUUAUCAAUCUACUUCAGCGGAUUGGAGACUGUAUAUCCACUGUUUAUGAGCCUGAAGAACAUUUGUGCUGGUUCAUUAUGCUGUUUAAGCGUGGAACUUGUUGGCAUGUUAAUUCAGUCCAUAUGACCAACUAUAAAGGGAAAAGCAAAUCCUGGCAAGCUGAUGAAGUGGAAAGAAUAAAUGAGCUGACCCCUGAAGAAGCACAAAAGAUUCCUUCCAUCAAACUUUCAUUUGCUGAUUCCCAAAAAGCAUUAAAGGGAGCAUCUGCAGAAAACAAAACACCACUAUCGCUUGACUUUUCCAUGAAGCAUCAAAAUGAAGGCAACCAUACUGUUUGCAAGAGAUUCCUUUCAAAUUUUAAAGAUAUAAAAGCAAUUGGAACUGGUGGAUUUGGGACUGUAUUCAAGGCAAAGCACCUCUUGGAUGAUAAAGUGUAUGCUAUAAAACGAGUUAAACUUACAGACAAUAUGGAAAAAGCCCUACAUGAAGUGAAAUUUUUAGCAGUGCUGAAGCAUGACAACAUUCUUCACUAUUGCACUUCUUGGAUUGGGGAAGACAUCUCUUAUCUGGAAGAUGAGUCAAGUAAUGGCAGUUACAGCUCAGAGCAAGAAGAUCUGUGUCAACACCUGUUCAUUCAAACAGAGUUUUGUGAGCAGGGAACACUAGAAGGUUGGAUUGAUCAAAGAAAAUGGGUUGGAAAUUACAAACAUGACUCUUUAACCAAAUUCCAGCAAAUUGUAGAAGGAGUGGAGUACAUGCAUUUAAAAGACAUUUUUCACAGAGAUCUCAAACCUGCCAAUAUAUUCAUCACCACUGAAGAUAAAAUAAAGAUAGGAGAUUUUGGGCUUGCCACUUCAGGAACAGGUGACCUUGCCACGGAGCGAACAAUUGACAAGGGAACACCAUCAUAUAUGGCCCCUGAGCAGAUGAAUAACAAGUAUGGAAAGGAAGUGGAUCUCUUUUCUUUAGGAUUGAUCUUUUUUGAAAUGCUUCAUCCAUUUAACACAACAUGUGAGAAAAGUAUGAGAUGGCAGAACAUCAGAGAAGGCAUGCUCCCACUAGAAUUUACCAACACAUUUCCUGGAGAGGCUGUCAUAAUAAAGAGCCUGCUUUCCACAGACCCAUCAGAAAGACUGUCAGUGGCUGCUCUGCGGGAAUUUUUAAACCAGAAUGAAAGCAAGCAAACACCAUCAUCGGGCUUUGACAGAGUGCGCCAAUCAGAGACCUGGAUUAGAUACAUAUUAGAUGCAUUAUACAUAUUGUAACAAAAAAGCAUAAUAUUUUUGGAUUUUUUUAAUAUAUGGAAGUGGCAUUAUUGAUAAUGGGGCCAUAAAUUUCAGUAUAUUUCCUAGCUUCCAUGCUAGUUUUUCUAAACCUUUUUCUUGAAAUUUGGGAUGCACAACCUGAGUUGGUUCCUGGGCUCUUCAAACUGUUACAAUAAAAUUGCAAUUGAUAAUGUGAUGGAAAGGGAAGAAUGCAGCAAAGAAUGUAAAAGUAAAGUCCCCUUUGAGUCAAGAACAACUGACUUAUCCAUGUUAUUUUCUUAGUAGCCCAGUGGAAGGUACUGCCAUUGUCUUCUUCUGAUACGUUCUUUUGAUUUCCCACUGUGCUUAGCUUAGAUGAAACGAAGUUGCAACUAGAAGGACAGGAGGAGUUUUAAGUGGGCAGCUUAGAGAUUGCUAGUCACUUUCUUGCCAAUAAUUUCCAUAUUGCUGUCAGUUUUUAUUGCAACAAUCUGUUUUCCUGCUGUGUUAUAUACUUAAUUUCUAUCAUUGCUUUGAAACUGUUAUUCAUGAAUCAUUCGGUCACAUUCAUUUCACAGUGAUCUUUUUCUAUCAUUUUUAAUAAACAUUUUAA